UUGACUCAAUGGGAUGGAACAGAAAAUCUGAUGGAACCUAGUAUACUACUUGAAUAUAUUGUUAAUUUACAAAUCUUCAAUUUUAGAGUGGUAAGCUGGAUCGCAAAAAAAAUUAGAAAUAUUAAUAGUGAAACUAAAACUAUUAAAGGUAGAACUUUCGCUGAAUUGGUCAUAUCAAAGAUUCCUCAGAAAAAGGAUGAAUAUGAUAAAAGUGACGAAAUAGAUGAUUUUUUUAACAACUCUACUUCUAUAUCUGAAGAGGAUGAUAAUUCGUUUACUUCUGAAGAUUAUGGUGAUCCAGAUUAUAUACAAAGCGAUAUCAAAGGUCAAAAUCCUCAACCAUUGUUAAUAUCAUCACAGCUUGAAAAUUUUCUGAAAUCCUACAAAAAAAUGAAUGUAGCUCAUAAAUGGGUUCUCUCUUCUGAGAA